AUGGCUCGGCCGUCCGUCUGCCUGCUAGCCUCGCUGUCUGCGCUGCUCCUAGGUAUCGCCGCCGUCUCCAGAUCGAAGGGCCUGCGGGGCACGGAGAGUCAAAAGGAGCUGCGAAUCCCUUCUCAGUUCAGCCAAGAGCAGCGCAUCGCCAUGAAGGAAGCGCUGAAAGGUGCCAUCCAGAUUCCAACAGUGUCUUUCAGCCCCAAGGAGCUCAACACAACAGCCCUGGCUGAGUUUGGAGAAUACAUUCGUAAAGUCUUUCCUACUGUGUUCCAUACCAGCUUUAUCCGGCAUGAGGUCAUAGGAAAUUACAGCCACCUGUUCACUGUCAAAGGCUCAGACCCCAGCAUGCAGCCCUACAUGCUCCUCGCUCACAUUGACGUGGUGCCUGCCCCGGACAGAGGCUGGGACGUGCCCCCCUUCUCUGGGUUGGAGCGUGAUGGCUUCAUCUAUGGUCGAGGCACACUGGACAACAAGAACUCUCUUAUGGCAAUCCUUCAGGCCUUGGAGCUUCUGCUGAUCAGAAGCUACAUCCCCCGAAGAUCUUUCUUCAUUGCUCUGGGCCAUGAUGAGGAGGUGUCAGGGAUAAAUGGGGCGCAGAAGAUCUCAGCCCUGCUCCAGGCAAGGGGUGUCCAGCUCGCCUUCCUGGUGGAUGAGGGGAGCUUCAUCUUGGAUGGUUUCUUUCCCAGCCUCAAGAAGCCCUUUGCCAUGGUUUCAGUUUCCGAGAAGGGUGCAAUUAACCUCAUGCUGCAAGUCAACAUGACUCCAGGCCACUCUUCAGCUCCUCCAAAGGAAACAAGCAUAGGCAUUCUCGCCGCUGCGGUCAGCCGACUGGAGCAGACACCGAUGCCAAACAUGUUUGGAGGUGGGCCGUUGAGGACAGCACUGGAACAACUGGCAGAUGAGUUUCCCUUCCCUACCAAUAUAGUCUUGAACAACCUGUGGCUAUUUCGGCCCCUUGUAAGCAGGUUGAUGGAGAGGAAUUACAUAACCAAUUCGCUGGUCAGGACCACCACGGCGCUCACCAUGUUCAAUGCUGGGGUCAAGGUGAACGUCAUCCCCCCUGUGGCCGAGGCCAUCAUCAACUUCCGAAUUCACCCCGCACAGACUGUUCAGGAGGUCCUAAAACUAGCCAAGGACAUUGUGGCUGAUGACCGGGUCCACUUCCACGUGUUGGAUGCCUUUGACCCCCUGCCUGUCAGCCCCUCUGAUGAUCAGGCCUUGGGUUACCAGCUGCUCCGCCAGACCAUACAAUCUGUCUUCCCGGAAGUCAACAUUGUUACCCCAGGUACUUGUAUUGGCAACACAGACAGCAGACACUAUCUGAAUCUGACCACCAGCAUCUACCGGUUCAACCCCCUCUACAUACAGCCACAGGGCUUCAGUAGCAUCCAUGGAAUCAACGAGAAAAUCUCGGUCCAAGCCUAUGAGACCCAGGUGAAAUUCAUCUUCGAGUUUAUCCAGAAUGGUGACACAGACAUGGAGCCAGUUUCUCACCAGCACGAACUGUGA